AUGGAGCUCCCUCCAGAAAUCCGGAACCAGAUAUACAGCUACCUCUUCCUCCCGCAGCGUGUCGAAAUCCGUCGAUCCAAAGACACCUCCAAAACACAACACCACUACCACCUCCACCACAAGCGACUCGCACCUCGAGAUCCAUCGACCCAAAACCAAACAUGCUUACCAUUCAAGUCCAAGAUUCAAACACAGCUUUGCCUCCCAUUUACCUCAAAGCAAUUCUACCAAGAUACAUUAUGCAUCCUAUACGCUUGCACACAAUUCGUUUUCACUUCGCCGAAGUGCAUUUCACUAUUCCUCAAGAAAACCCCCAAACAGGCCCAGGGUGCGAUUACCCACAUCGAGAUCCAUCAUACCAUGUACAACGAACCCAGGCUGAAUACGUUCCGGGAGUUAAAACUCCGCAGUGACAAGAGCUGGUAUAUGCUUUGCGAAAAGAUUUCGACGAGCUUCACGGCGUUGAGUGUUCUCCAUGUGGACAUGACGAUUUUCGAUGCACCGAUUGAGUUGGAGGUUGGGGAGUCGUGGUCGUUGCCUAUUCUUGCACUGGGGAGGGCUAAAGGGAUGGAGAAGGCGGAGGGCUUGCGGUUUGCAAGUGUGAGCUUGACUAGCCAUCGAUUUGACUAUGAGAAAGUGCGCAAUGUGGAAAGGCAACUUGAGAAGGAGCUUAUGGGCCCGAUUGCGUUUCAGGUACGUGAGGACGAGAUCUUUGCAAGGGCAUUAGUUGAGGCAUUGAAGGCGAGGAAGGUGUUGAGACUGGUGUUCAAUUAG